GGCCGGCGCUCGGUGCCCGCCGUGCCCGCGGAGGGAGGGCCCUCGCCCGGCGAGCGGCCAAUCCGGGCGGGCGCUGGCGGCGAGCAGGGGCAGAAUGGGCUGUAGUUGAGCGAAAUAGGGAAAGCGGCGAACAGUGUGGAGCGUUCCCGGUGUAAAUAAAAGGGGGGGCGAAAAAAAAAAAAAAAAAAGUUUGUGGAAGUCGCCGCCCUGCAGCCUCGCUCGGGCAGCGGCGCGGGGGCUUGUGCGGUGCGGGAGCCCGGCACGGAGGACUUCGGUGCGCGGCGUUAACACGCUCUGCCUAUUGUUUGUGUUUUUUUCCAAAAUAUGGCAAAGGUUCAGGUGAACAAUGUAGUGGUGUUGGAUAAUCCUUCUCCUUUCUACAAUCCUUUCCAGUUCGAAAUCACAUUCGAGUGCAUAGAGGACCUGUCUGAAGAUUUGGAAUGGAAAAUAAUUUAUGUGGGUUCAGCUGAAAGUGAAGAGUAUGAUCAGGUGUUAGACUCUGUUUUAGUUGGACCUGUUCCUGCAGGCAGACACAUGUUUGUAUUUCAGGCUGAUGCACCUAACCCAGGGCUUAUUCCAGAUGCAGAUGCAGUAGGUGUAACAGUUGUGCUAAUUACAUGCACUUACCGAGGUCAAGAAUUUAUUAGAGUCGGCUACUAUGUAAACAAUGAAUACACUGAAACAGAACUGAGAGAGAAUCCACCAGUAAAGCCAGAUUUUUCUAAGCUUCAAAGGAAUAUUUUGGCAUCUAAUCCCAGAGUCACAAGAUUCCACAUUAAUUGGGAGGACAACACUGAAAAACUGGAAGAUGCAGAGAGCAGUAACCCAAAUCUACAGUCCUUGCUUUCCACAGAUGCAUUACCUUCAGCAUCAAAGGGGUGGUCAACAUCAGAAAAUUCACUAAAUGUUAUGUUAGAAUCUCAUAUGGACUGCAUGUGACUAACCACCAUCCUUUUGGUACUGUAUAUGUGUUAAACUGUAAAAACAAACAGAACUAUUUCCUUCAAAUUCCAUAAGUACAUAGUUGAAGCAAUGUGAAGAACUUGUUUUAAAACAUCCUGUAGAAAGUUUAUAUAAAAAAACAGAAAAAACCCAACAAACAAACAGUAUUUGAGCAGAUUGUGAAAUAUAAAUACAACUAUUUUUAAGUAAUUGCCUUUUUUUUCUAAUGUGUUAUUCUAUGUGGUCUAAACCAAAUCUGACUAAAGUAUAUGUAUUCUCUCCCCUCCACCCUUACUUUGUAAGCACUAUUAAAAGCUAAAAAAAUGUUUAAAAGUUAAAACAUUCAGGCAAAAUGAA